CUAAUUCAUUCAUUGGAUUCAUUGAAGUCCAUUCCUAGCUAAGCAAAAACAAGUAAGGAAACUUGCUAAAAAUGGCAUCCAUCUCCUCCUCCGCCGUCAGCACCGUUAGCCGGACCACUUCCGCUCAAGCUAGCUUGGUGGCCCCAUUCACCGGUCUUAAGGCCAACACCUUCCCCGUCACCAAGAAGGCUAAUGACUUCUCAUCCCUCCCCAGCAACGGUGGAAGAGUGCAAUGCAUGAAGGUGUGGCCACCAUUGGGUUUGAAGAAGUACGAGACUCUUUCAUACCUUCCACCGUUGACCGAUAUCCAAUUGGCUAAGGAAGUCGACUACCUUCUACGUAACAAGUGGGUUCCUUGCUUGGAAUUCGAAGUCGAGCACGGUUUCGUUUACCGUGAGCACGGAAACACCCCCGGAUACUAUGACGGAAGAUACUGGACAAUGUGGAAGUUGCCUAUGUUCGGGUGCACUGACUCAGCUCAGGUCAUUCAAGAGCUAGCCGAGUGCAAAAAGGAGUACCCAAAUGCCUUUGUCCGUAUCAUCGGAUUCGACAACGUUCGUCAAGUGCAAUGUAUCAGUUUCAUCGCCGCCAAGCCCCCCGGCUACUAAGCAAUAAUGCAUGCAUCAUUCACCAAAACAGUUUUUCUAUAUUUUACCAAAACUUUCGAUUAAACACCUCUUAUUAUAUAACAAUGAGUAGGGUUUUUUUGACUGUUUAGGGUUUUGUCAUUUUUUUUCUUAUUUUACUUCCCUUUAAAUUUAUCAUCAUCAUCAUUGUUUCUGUUUCAUUUCGUUGUUUGUUUCCGGAUUUCCGAUGAAAUGGAUAAGAGAUAUCGUAUAAAUAAUAAUACGGGGUAAUUGCUGUUUUAA